AGAACACGUUGCAAGGGAAACCUUUCCAUACCUGCCAUGCCUGGUUCAACUUCUGCUGCGUCCAGUCCAGCUCUACGGCUUGCGACCCCGACCGUUACAAGAACUCCGCUCCGGUCGUUUCCGAUUUGCCAUGUUACGAAAUGUGAGAUCAUCAACGGCCUUUGGGGCCUAAGCAUCUCUCCAUUGCACAUGACAACUGGUGGUGUUAGCUACGAGUCGUACUUCUCUUACUACAUGGAACAGUGCAAUCUCGCCCUGUAUGAUGGAGAAAGACAUAUCUCUUCAAAGUCACAUCAUCAUAUUCUCGAAAUAGCUGCCAAGAUCAAAUCUCAGGCUCCCUUGCCAAAAUGUGAGAAUGAGGAGGAACAGAUCAAUGGAUCAAUCGACCUCGCUGUAAGACUGCUCUGUAUGAUCAACAUCGGCGAGCUUCAGUAUGGAUUCUCAGGCCAAGAACGGCUCAUAUGGUCGGAGAACAGUCUGGAACACUGGAUCAAGGGCUAUUUUAAUGCUCCUCGUGGUUUUCACAAUGGAAAUGUCAAGCUUGAGAAGAUUUUCACUGCUCGUAAUCUCGGACGAAUUGCGGGAAUAGAAAUCCAAUUCACCAACAACCUUGCCGACCAUCUACUUCUCAUGAGUGAAGACGAUAAAAGAGUCGCGGUCUUUCAUAAUGCUUCCUUCUUGAUCGGCCAACGGAAGAACUCAAUGUUCCCCGAAGGCUUCAUAGACGAGACACUUCGGACUCUUGCACUUCUUUUUCCACAGUCAGACCCUAAGACUAGAAAAUGGUUUCGGAAGCUCUCGAGAACCUCUAACCUCGAUUUUCAAGCAGUGAAAUGCGACAGGCUGAGAGCGAUAGACCGGCAUAUCGACAAAUUCGCAUUUUGGCGCGACCGCCUCGUUGUACUAAAACAAGUUUUUGAUGAAGCAGAGCCAAGCACUUUAUCACAGUGGUGGUGUGAUCGACGGAAUGAGGUACAAUGGUAUACUUUCUGGGUUGCGAUUUUGGUGCUGGUUUUCACUUUGGUGUUUGGGCUUGUACAAUGUGUCGAAGGCGCUUUGCAGAUAUACAUUGCUUUACGUCCAUAACCUAAUCUACCAGCAUAUCAUCUUACACCAGAUAGAAGAUAUGGAGAGGCA